ACAAAUACACGUCUGUUUUGCGCAGACUUCUCAUGUAGCACUGUUGAGUAUAUUCGAGUUAUAUCAUUAUUAACCUGUGGUAAGUUACGGCAGUUUUUACAGCACGGUGUGAGUUUGCUGUUGACGGUACUAGAAACCAUGCUAACUUGAUGCGGGUAAUUAGAGUUUAAGUUAACCCGCAGAGGACAUUAUCAUGGCUUAUAACGUUACGCAGAUACUGAAAGCGGUGCGUCGCAGUUUGCAACAAACAACGACAAAGUACGCCGUGCAGGCAUGCAAAGUCACACAGGUUCGCCUGUUCAUCCAUACACACAGGACAGUAUCACCAGAAUCAAGUCCGGCCUUCCUCACAAGACUCGCGUUUCCUUCGUCUGUUCUACCAGUGGAAGGCUGCUUCAUAUCCUCACAAAGGCGGCGGGGUAUUUCUGUCGACUCUACGGCCAAAAAUAAAAGCAGCCCCGAGGAGAGAGAUAAGUCUGUUUUCAGGUAUCAGGGUGGAAGCACAAAACCUUCAGCUACCAAAAAAGUUAAGCAAGCUGGCAGAGACUUCACCUACUUGAUAGUUGUACUCAUCGGGCUUGGAGUUACAGGUGGUCUAUUUUAUGUGGUGUUUCAGGAGCUGUUUUCUUCCUCAAGUCCAAAUAAAAUCUAUGGAAAAGCCUUUGAUAAAGUCAAGUCACACCCAGAGGUGAUUGGUGCAUUUGGAGAGCCCAUCAAGUGCUACGGAGAGACUACCCGUCGAGGAAGGAGGCAACAAGUCAGUCAUUUGGAGUACCAGAAGGAUGGACUGAAGCAUAUGAGACUGAAGUUUUACAUUGAAGGUUCUGAGCCAGGCCUCAAAGGAACUGUACAUUCAGAGUCAAAAGAGAGUCCUGAAACUGGGAAAUAUGUGUUUCGUUACAUAUUUGUGGAUGUAGACACCUACCCAAGAAGGACCAUUGUUGUGGAAGAUAACCGAUAACAUGGAAAAUGGACUGAGCCACUCAAAGGUUUAACAUCACUGACAAAAGCAAUGUCAAAUGUGAGGAACGAGUCUCUGUGAAGGUCUGUGUUAUUGAACAAAUAGCAGAGGAUGUAAAUUUUACUAUUAAAAGCUGCCAAAUGUCAGAAAUAACUUGCUUUUAUCUCAUUUAAACUUUGUUCCAACAAAGUCCUAGUCAACAUUUAGUGAGGAGCUGUGCAAAGCACAGCCUCAUUUACAGAUAUAAAUGAUCAUUCUUCUGUUGUAUUGUUUUAUAAAUCAUACAUGUGUUAUACAAGCAAGUUUGUUUUAUAUGUGUAAAAUAUGAAUGAUAGAUAAAUAAAUUGUAAGAAAAAUGUCCCAGGAGCAGACAGAUGAGAAAAACUAUCAAAAUAUUUUAGUGUAUGUGUGAGAGACACUGUGUCACUAGGACUGAGCUUUCCAUUUAGAUUAGCACAUU